AUGUCCGGCGCAAGGCAUUGGGAGCAAGACAAAGAGGCCACCGUCUACAUCGGAAACCUUGAUGAACGGGUCACAGAUAGCCUGGUAUGGGAGCUGAUGCUGCAGGCCGGGCGCAUCGUUAACGUUCACCUACCGAAAGAUCGAGUCACACAGUCGCAUCAGGGCUACGGAUUCGUGGAAUUCAUCAGCGAGGAAGAUGCUGAAUACGCGUCGCGAAUCAUGAACGGAAUCCGCUUGUAUGGAAAGCCCAUCCGCGUCAACAAAGCAUCGGCCGACAAGCAAAAGUCGGUGGAGAUUGGAGCAGAGCUAUUCGUCGGCAAUCUUGAUCCCAUGGUUACAGAACAAGUUCUUUAUGAUACGUUCAGCCGCUUUGGAAACUUGGUCAAUAUUCCCAAGAUUGCGCGGGAUGAUAACAAUCUGUCAAAGGGCUAUGGAUUCGUGUCGUUCGCCGACUUCGAGUCUUCAGACGCCGCCAUAACCAACAUGAACGGCCAAUAUCUUAUGAACAAGCAGGUUUCCGUGCAAUAUGCCUAUAAGAAGGAUGGUAAAGGUGAACGCCACGGUGACGAAGCAGAACGAAUGCUGGCAGCACAGGCUCGCAAACAUAACGUGCGCCCACCGACCCAGCCUCUACCUCCUCAAUUCUCGAACCCAGGGACACCUAUGGUGCCAGCUGCGAUGGCCAAUGGAGACAGCUCUCGGCCAAUGAGUACUAAUCCACCAGACCUUAAUAUGGGCAGAGGCAUGGCUCCUCCGAAUGUACCGUUCCAAAACGUACCUCCUCCACAAGCAAGCCGACCUGUUCCACCUCCUACAUCUCUGGCGAACCCACCCCCCGGUUUACCAGCACGGCCGCCGCCUUCUCAGGCCGGAUAUGGGGGGCCGCAGUCUUUCCUCCCACCAGGAUUCAAUGGUGCUGCUCAACAAUCCUCAUUCCCUCAAGCAGCACCUCCGCCAGGCUUCGCUCCACCAGGGUUCGGUUCACCGGCAGGAACUCCUGGUCCUCCACCUCCGUUGCCCCCGGGAUUCCAGCAACCUGGCUAUGGGCGCGGGCGCUGA